AUGGCAUCAAAAAGUAAUGAAUCUUUUCCACGACCAUCUGAAGCUGUCCAACGGCCUGUUCCUAAGAAGCGAACGAGUCUCGAAAGAAAGAAAAUCGCUUUGCAGGCAACAGUGAGACAACCACAGAGGUCAUCAUCGCCUCCAUUGCCUUCAUUCCCAGAUACCUCAUCUGAAAUAUCAAGAACCAUAAACUCCUCAGCAUCUUCCGGAUCUUAUACUAUCAGUCCUGAGGCACCAUCACCACUGCGGGAGUAUCCAGGGCAGGGUAUUGGAAGAGGUAGGUCAUACGCUAAGGAAUCAAGGACGCCACAGUUUGAAGCACAAGGCCCUAGAAAAAAACUAAUCUACCAGCCAGAGCCUACUCCUGAACCAACCCCACUGCCUUAUAGACCCGGAGAGCGACCAAAGAGACUCCUAAUUCCCGACAGACGAUUCUUACAGUUCGAUGAUGAGUCGACACCGGGAGAAGAAGGUGAGUCCAGGAAAACUCCAAGGUAUGCCUACACGGACGAGAGUCGGUAUAAACAGUUCAAUACUGGACGGAUGAAGCCGCCAUGCUUUCAAAUGCGAGAAUCAAUGUUUUUGUCAGACUCGUCGACUCCAGGAGUCGAUUCAUUUCAGUUCGACCCUCGUGAGGAUUCUCCAAUUUAUCAAAAUGUGCCUCCUGGUCACACACGUUUGCAGUCUGCAUUCUCUAGCGACAGUUCGUACACGUCAUCACCUGAUUUUGAUAGUACAGGGUAUCGAACCCAAUCACCAGUGACGCAAACAAGAUACGGCAACAGACACAACGGGGUAUUACCAACACGUCAUCGAGCGGACAGUAGACCCUACUACUCGGAGUCUGACGAAUCCAACGCUUCAGUUCCCUACAUGUCUACCAUUGACUCAAAACGGGGACAACCUUCGCCCGAUAGACAAAACAGCAAUGUUUUUGUCUUAACGGCCGGUACAUUCGGCAACUUUCUUCAACUGCAGAAUAAGGCAGCCGUGCUGUUUUACAACAGCGACACGAACGAGUUGGAAGUAGUGGAGGACAUGGUCAGACAGUUUAUGACCCAGAACCCCAUUCAGGAGAGACAGGUGUACGCCUCUGUAGACUGUGCCAACGAGUCGCAGCUGUGUGCCCGAGAAAGGGCCACUGACACUCCGUUCUUCAGGAUGUAUUCCAAAGGACUCAUGCUUAGAGAUGCCAAAGAUUUUCCUACGCUCACCCAGCGGGCAACAGCAAGGUACCGCUGA